AUGAUAAUUUAUACCAGUUAUAUUUGGGUUUUAACUGCCCUGUUUGGAUUUGUAAGCUGUUAUGUUGGAAGUCAAAUUAAUCUCUCUUGUGAAAACGGCGUGUGUUCCAGGCAAGCGAAUCAAGGACCAUGUGUUGUUAGCGACGACCACGAACGCCUUUUUAGAUGGGAUCCAGUCAAGGUAAAUAGAAGCGACUUAACUGAAUGGCAGUGUAAGAAAUGUAGGUUUUAUGUUUUAACAGUAAACGCGUAUGGUAUUCAGGGUCUUUCGUUUUCAAAAGUAUCCAUUUAGCGUUUUGAAUAUAUGUGUCUGUUUAAAGUUCCCCGGACAUGCUCAGCUACACGUUAAAAGAUACACUUGUCACAAUCCCGCAUUACAGACAUAAGUCGGGUGCUUUAGCAGUGUCAAAGUCAUUUGAUAUGUUUGACCGUGUACUCUGAUCGUCGGACCGGAAUUAUUACGGAGAAGGGCUGUUGUCGGUAUGAGUAGCGACUGACGUUUCGACAACCUUAGCGGAAGUCAAAUCUUCACUUGACUCUGAUAAUUUCUUUCCCUGAGGUUGUCGAAACAUCGGUCACCACUACUGAAAACAGUCCUCCCCAAUGAGGAAUAGUGUAACCCGAACGGUCAGACUGCAUGAUCAGAUGUUACCACUGUCUUCAAACUAGGUACUGUGAAUCGAAGUCAAACAUCUCCAAAAUGAGGUGUAUAUGUAGCCGUAGCCUGUAUGUUUGAUGGUGGAGGGUAAGUCGGCUCUGAGGCCUUGAGCAACAGCGUCGCGAGGGGAAUGGGAAGAAAAAAAGGCCCGCGCGAGGCCUCGGUCGAGAAUGAGAACGCACACUACAAAACGGUCAACUACAUGGGCUGAUUUGUGCUCUUCAUUUCGUUGACAGAGAGGUCACGUGAGAGAAUUAGAGUUAGAGCCUGGGAAAAAAUACAAGAUGAUAACUUUAGCCUCUAAACCUCCGGUGUUUGGUAAGACUUCAUAGAGUAAAAGUUGAAUUUAUUUUCUUAUCAUAAAAUCAACUGUUUCUUUGUUCUUGUCUUUCCCAUUAAUAGCGGAGCUCCAUUUUCUGCAUUUAAAACAAACGUAACCCACAGUUCAUCUAUUUUCUCGGACGCAGGGCUAGCAAUCCAAACUUCAGCUUUAGAAACUCUUCACGGUGGCCAAUUUAAAAUCAGUGGAUAAAGCCAAACAAGAAUAUUACCCAUGAUAUAAUGGAUCACAUAUUUCAUAAUUGGCGAUCUGUGAUUUCUCGAAAGACUAAUGACACAAACUUCACUAUUUCAAAACUAAAUGAAGCCUGUUUUUUUGCUCACUACUUUUUAGUUAUCUUUUUCAUAAACAAUCAGCGCACUCUAAUCUCUUCUUAUGGAGUCGCUUCAUGCUACAGAAAACGGGAGUACGCUCAGACAGCUGUGUGUUCGAGUCGGUCUCGUAUACUUACAUUAAACCAACAAUAAUUUGUCUCGCCUUCUUGGUUACCUUUUGCCGUUUUUUCCAAGAUGCCCGGCCAGAAUGGUUUUUAGUCUCUCACAUGAUACUGGACAGAAACUUGAAAGACAGCUUACGAUGUAGCAGGCUCAUCAUGCUGAGGCUUACUCCGACGGGUUUCGAUAGCUCAGUUGAGGCGACCAAGACUAUAAUUUGCCUGAACCGGGAUACCACUCCAUCGAGGGUCACCCUCUUGCAUUUCGUUAAGCUUUCCUAAAAGUUCGCUUGUACCCAUCUGUAAACCCCGGGGUGGAGAGGCACUUUGCGAAUGAAGUGUUUCCAAAGAUCACAGGACAAUAACUCGGCAAGGCUCGAACCCUUCAAUCAAAACUCUAGCACACUAGCCACCAGGCCAAAGCUAUGACCGUAUCUCCCACUUCUUUCAUGAGCCACCUUGAUGUGUGCGCGCGUGCACGUGGUUUAUUUUCGGUGUCAGUUGGUACCAAUCAGAGACAAUAGCCUUGAUCGCGACGGGAUUCAUGAUUUUGUAAACAUUUUCAGUUAAAUUUGAGGUAAACUUGCCUUCUUUCACAGAGCUCCCUGAUUUUCUAAGCGAGGAGGAAAGUGAGCAUAUCAUCGAUCUAGCUGAAAUGUUUGGCCUUGAAAACAGCCUCAUGCAUACUGAUGAAUUUCAAGAACAACAUAAGAAAGAAGUGAAAGGUAACGCUAACAAUUUCACUGAUAGUUUGUUCGAAUAAGGAAUAAGGAAAUCUUAUUCGUAUUCUGUUUAUUCAUACGACACUUUCGACAUCGCCGAUCAUUUGCAAAUGAAUGACGCACGUUCUAGCUCACGGCUGGUUAUCUGCAUGUUGACCGAACUAUGUUAUUAUUUCGUUGUGAAAUUUCAUCUAGAUCUAAAUUUAUCAUAAUUUUAACAAAAUACUUUCUGCCAUAAGGAGAAAAGUUGAAAGAUUUUUGGGCGAACUCGUUUUACUGCAGUGGGCGAACUCGUAAAAGUGCUAAAGGGCGAAGUUGCAAUGGGGCGAAAACUCCUCAUACCCUCAGGAGAAUGUGUAUAAGGUUCGAUUCCCCGUGAGGACUCAGAUUUUUUCCUUUGUUUUACGCUCUUGACAAGACGAAAAAUGAUUUUUAUGCGUUUCAAUACAAAAUUAAAAAUUUACCAUUUUCCUGCUUUCAUACCAAUAAUUUUUUUACUUAUUUACUAGGGCACGCAAGUGGAGCUGCUGGAAUAUAUCUGAGCUGGGACAAAAAUCAGGAUAAGGAGAUAACUAAAGACGAGGUUGUGGAACUUUUUCGAUGCCAUUCUGUACUAAAAAGAUAUAUAAAUUAUUUUAUGUGCCUGGCUGUUUAUUUAACAAAUUCCAGCUAACAAUUCCAUGACGGGAGAAUUCUUUAGCAAUCAAACGGGUAUAAGAAAUUUAGUGAUUCAAAACGUAAUGCUUGAAAUUUUUUUUAUAAUUAAAUGACUUCUUUUAGAGCAAUAUAUUCUGAUAGGUUCUUACUGCAACAUCUGGAAGAAAGCAAAACCACAGUGUUUUCAGUAAUAUCCAUUAUUUUUCAUAUUUUAAGAGUAACGUUUGCCAGAAAAUCAUUCACUAGAUAGCAGGUGAAAUAAACGGAAAUUUUUUGCCAAUGUCUAUUUUCAUCACCUCUUAAUUUCAGGUAAUUCACUUUUCACGGAGAUAUAAGUUCCUUUACAUGACGCCUGAGGAAGUCGACGACAUGUAAGUACAACUCACUCCGCUUAACACAAUCACGUAGAUAGCUGCCUCGGAUAUCUUGAGCCGCGAAAGUAACCAUCUUCUUCUGGUCAAUCAUGGUCAUGCCACGCCGAACCCGAAAUUUUAAUUUCCAUCGUCCAAAACAGCAGGCAUCCGGAGAAUGAAUUGAUUACUCAUCGAACUUUCGCGGUAAAAUAAAAUUCGUCGAUUUUCGUCGAAAGCCGCCAAAAUCAAAGAGGUCGCCUAAUUUUACUCCUUAUUACUCAAUUUUACCAUAAUACUGCAUUUUUCUUCAGAGUACCCACGCAAUCCCUUCCUUUCUUUUAAAGAGAAUCUUUAUUCAGACCUUGGUCCGUGAAACAAAGGUUCAAAAGAAAGAAUAAAUCAGUUAGCACUGCAUUAUGAAUUAAAUAAGAGCCGAAAUCGGCCGCACUGCCAGCCAAUGAUCCACUGGUUUUGAUUGUGGAAUCAAAACUUGUACCAAAUUUUGACUUUGCCUUUUCCUCAGGAUAAAGAAAUUGAAGAUCAGAGAGUUUGAUGAUGGUAUGCUCGUGGUUUGUUUAAAACUUUUAUUUCUUUGUAUAUGUAGUUUUGUCUACCUUUCAAUUCUCACUUUUUUUUUUAAUCUCCUUGAUUAUUCCUUGGAUAUUUUGGGAGGGUUAUUUAUUUGUUUGUUUUUAUUUCUUGGCACUUGUUUUUAAAUCUUGUUUGUGAACCAAAUUCUUGCUAUUGUUUACUUGUAGGUAAAGUCACGAUACAAGAAUUUCGUAAACUACCAACGGCUGCUAUGGACGACUAUAUGAACAAGCUGAAAGAAUUAUCACCAGUUCACCGUGAACGAAACAGCUACCAAACCUGGCUACAUCAGGGAAAGUUUGCCAGUAAAAUUAUGCAAAGGUUACGAGAAAGGUGAAGUUAAGAUAUCACUUUCAUGCAUGUCUUUUCGUUGUUGUUGUUGUUGUUACUGGGAAAACUGAGAUAGGACAUUUCUCGGCUUGUCCACAAUGGGACGCUGUCAGUUUUGUUAUUUAUCAAUUUCUGAUCAAAUUAACGUUGACUUAUUCUUAAACAGAAUAAAGAAACUAACAAGGCUAUCUGAUCGUGUCAUCCGUGGAAGUGAACCUUUACAAGUAAGAUCUACAGUGUUUUGACCCUUUACACCCUAAGAUCAAUAUGCAUAUUCUCCACGCUGUUCUCUAAACGUUUUCCUAAGGUGCUGAAACGCAGGAUUUGUUUAACAACCAGAAGCUUCUUUAGUAGCUGAUCACUUCUCGUGACCUUAGUGUUUGAUUCAGGGGUAAUAUUGAAGGAGAAAUAAGAUGUUAAUCUCUCUUAGGUGCUAAGAGUUAAUGCUGAUUCAGUUCCCACUCACUUGCCUUCUUACAGACAAGAGAUUAUCCAGUAAUUAAUGAUUCUUAAUCUCCCAUACAGACCUCACUCUGAGGGUAACCCUUCUGGGCUAUUUCAUUCCAGUUUUUAUGUUUGUAGUUCCCAAAAAGAUAUAAGAAUAACUGAGUGACCUUUAAGGUGAAGUUCUCACUCGUUCGACAUCCCAUUGGGCAAUUGUUCAUUUUCACCUGAAACACUAAUUCAAGUAGCAUGCAUGAUACAAGUAAAGUACGAGUACAAUCUUCUGGAUCCUCGAUGCUUUCUCGCAGUUAUUAGAGAUUUCAUCAAUGGCACAUUUUUAGCCCCGACUACGGAGACAUCUUCCUUUUUUCUAUAAAGUAAAUACUUACCGUACAAAGUUUGGUCUCAACCUUCAGGUGGUGAAGUACGAUGAAAAUGGCCAUUACAAUGUUCAUCACGAUGCUCAGCCAGUGGCUUCUCACUCGCACCUCAAGUGCUGUCACCUGAACGUCACCAAGAUACCAGCUUGCAGACUUUGUAGGUUAGUUAAGUAUUUUCUCGAGAGAAGAGCACAUGCUGCCCAUGUAAGGGCCAUUGCGGCACUAGAGAGGGUUUGAGUGGAAGAGUAGCGCUCAAAAUCGGUUUUGAUAUCCCACUAAGAACAGAAUUGGGUAAAACUGAUUGUGAUAAACUGAUAACUUACUAAAAUUCUACUGAAUGAAUAUCAGAAACUUGCUGUCCAAAUGGAAGUUAAACAAAUGGUCUGCCCCCUCCUCUCGCCUAAUUCCGUGGAGUAUUAUUAAUAGAACUGAAAGUGGUGAAUUUUGGCGGGAUUUUAUUCAUUGUGCGGUGGAAAUUUUUUUUUUCCUCUGCGGAAAUGUAGCUUUGCGGAUCAAAGACGAUCCACAACAUCUGCAAAAAAUUUAGACCCGCAAAAUUUUCAUGCCACGCGGUAUUCCGCCCUUGUGUGACAGACAAUCUCAAAUCAUGCUCCUUUUCGUUUAUAGAUAUAUUACUAUAUUGUAUUACCUAAAUGACGUCGAGGAGGGUGGAGAAACAGCUUUUCCAGUUGCUGAUAAUAAAACCUUUGAUCAACAGGUCAGUGAUAAAGUGACUCCAAAAUCACAGUGACUACUAACGCCCUGCAAGUAGUAAAAUAGUAAACAAAAGCCAGGCGGCAACUCAGGCGCCGGUAAAGAUACAAACGACAAAAUGGCGUUGAUUUUUACUUUUGGAUGUGACUGAUUGAGAAGCAGAACUCGCGCAAUCUCCAAGUUUUUCCUCACGUGAACAAGAGUUGCUUAAACUUUGUGGGGAUUUUGUUCUUGUUUCUGAAUUUGUUAAGUUUGUGGGAUUUGAUAUCUGGGCUAAAAAAGGCUAAAACUGCUGAAAAAUGUAGCUGUUCAGCACAGAAACUUAAGCUAAUUUAAGCCUGUUAUUGAUGAAAAUUUUACGAGCAUGAUGUCUAAUGAGGAGAGCAGGGAUGACUUUGUUAUCAAAGGCACUCGCCUACUACCCGCUGAUGCCCAGUUACGAUUUUAGAACGUGGCAUCAAAUGUGCAUUGAGUUUUUAUUUUUAGUUCUCGUCCUUGCACAGAUACUUUCUCCUAUUUUUUGGUUUUCCUCUAUCUAUUGAAUUGACGAAGAAUUGAAUUGACGAAGAACCACUCUUUAGUUGCACUGCGGCUAAACUCCAUUUGAUUUUCGCCAGAAAAACGGUGAAAUCUCCGACAAACGGAGCACAAUAGUAAGAGUUUCAACGAAGAUACUUAACGACAUUCCUUCUUACAUUUUCCCGCAGUUGUACAUCAAAACCAUGAGUGAUGAUUUAUUCAACUUGAUGGAAUUCUGCCAUGCCGCCAGACUAGUGGUCCCCCCAAAGCGAGGCAAGGCUAUCAUGUGGUACAAUCACUUCGUGGAUGAAGAGACUGGCUGGUUGGGAGAGAGGGACGAUUACACCCUUCACGGGGGGUGUGGAGUGCAGAAGGGAAUCAAAUGGAUUGCAAAUAACUGGAUCACUGCCCCUGACGCACCACUUGCGCAUAUAAGAAGUAACUUUGAAAUCAAAGAAGAAGAAGAAGAAAAAAACUUUUAACUUAUAAAAUUUUGAGAUAAAAAAUUUAGCGCCUAUUUAGCAUUUUUAGGUAGUGAUCAUGAUUUAAAACUCUGUCUUUGUUCUAGUGGAUUUGACUUUCAACGUAAAUGUUAUAAUGGUGAACCCAAUUUCAAAGCCAUUUCAGGAUUUUCACAUUUUUUUAACAUUAUUUUUAAAGAUCGUAUUCUGUGAGUCUCCUUUGGCUGUUAACUUAUUCCCCAAACGAAGUCCCCAGUCUACACCUAUGCUCUUUCUGGAACAUGUUGUGAAGUAAAAAAUUUGAAUUGAAAGUAGGUAAAUAAUUUAAUUUGAUUAAAGUGACUCCCUUUUUGCAACCGGCUGUGUUAUGUUUAAUUGUGUUGUGAUGCAUGCAUCCGUUCUUUGUUUUGCCGUCCACUACACUCACUGUAUGUGAAUGACGCUAAGGCACUUUAUGUAUGGCGCACAGGACUUUUUGUUAACAUCAUUGUGACGUGUUUUUGGCUUUUUUUAACAGAGCAUCAUCAGAGCGGACAGUUCAAUAUGACCUUCGAUAUUUCAGUUUUUUCUAUUCUUACUCUCUUUUAAGUAGAUUUAGAUCCUAACGGACGCACUCAAAUCUAUAACUGAAAUGACUCCUAACGAAAUUACAACUGAAUAAUUUUUCACCUAAUCACUGGAAAUAUAAUUAUUUGUCUCAACUUUGUUUUUCUUAUAACAGCCAUUACACUGUGUAAUCAGCAGGUCGUAGUAAUUAGUAGUCUUUGUAUUCUGCUUUUGAUACCACGAUUUCAGUCCUGUAUUUUUACGCCUAACAAUACUCUUGUGAUGAUCCAAAAUAGAUCAACAUCUCCUCCAAGGGGGGUAGCAUUACGAAUAAACCCAGCUGAUUGAUCACAACUGAAGGACAAUCAACUUCAGCAGGUUUCCUUAAUCUUUAAAUGAGUGCUUCCCCAAAUGGAAUACAAAUGCAAUACAAUAAUAUUCAAAUAUGACUGACUUUAUAAUGGUUAUUUAUAAGAUUCGGCUCUAGCUGUGUGCGAUGUGAUAACUGAAAUCAGUUGAAGAGAAACCAUCGCUUCCUUCCAAUCGUGCAUGUUCUUUUUUUACUUGAAUCAGCUCAAUUGUCUUGAUCUAUGGAAGUUAAGGACAACUUAAAAUCAUGGAGCAGUUGUUUUAGUCUGAUGCUGGGUACUAAAAUAAUAAAUAUUUAAUAAAAGUCCAUGAAACCUGAGCAGCCAAUUGGCAUCACGGGCAGUGAACUUGGCAGUGAUACAGUUUUGCGAAAAUUUCGCAGUGUUCUUAAAAUAUGAACAAAACAAGUUCACAAUUUGAAGGCUUUAUGAGGAAUGGAAAAAACUUGUUAAUAAUUUUUUCGAUUGUUGCUAUCAAUUUUAGGCUAGCUGCAAGCAGUGACGCGCGCAAGCGGCUCGAUAAGUCUUGCGAAAAUGGCGUCUGUUUCAGGGAGCAAGACAAAGGACCGUGUAUUCCCAGUGAUGACGAACCGAGGCUGUUCAGAUGGGAUCCUAUCAAGGUACGUUACUGCUAAAGAAAUGAAGGUGUAAUCAAACAAAGAAAAUGCCACUUCAGGGAGAGUACAAAGAAUUGGACCACCAUAACAAUCUACGGAAGCUCUAAGUUGAAGCAGCGAUCGAUAGUAGUAGAAAUCCAUUUGUGGUCGAAUUAAUGUAAACAUUGUAAUAAUGCACGUACGUGUCCGGCACAGAGCUAUGUGCCAAGCCAGAUAACUACGUGCACUGCGCUACAACUUCUCAGGUUAAGAACGAUGCAAUGGCGCCAUUUUUAAAUUAAACCAAAAUUAGCACGUGGUACCAGCAAAAAUAGCAACAGAACCUUGAACAGGAAACCUGCUACUUUAAAAAACAGAAUUCAAAACAGCUUUCUAGCUGAAAAGAUACGGUGAAAAUCGUCCUCCUUAUGCAAAAAUAAGAUAAAUGAGAACAUUGCAGUGGGGGGAGAGACGUCUUUCCGACAAUGCUGAAUUCGCUCUCGAGAAAAAAGAGAGGAGUGAAUUUUGAAAUAUAACCUGUCUUAACCGUUUAGUGUCUUUCUUUGAACUUCCCCUUGCAUUUUCACCCUUGAAUAGAGUGCAAAGGUCACGAAAAUAAAGGAAAGGAUCAUUAAGAAGCUCCUGAUUGUCAAACAAAUUCUCCUUGUCAACAAGUAUGGAGAACAUGAAUACUAAUAAGGUGUUAUUACCAUAGAAAGGUCACGUGAGAGAGCUUGAACUUGAAGAGGGAAAAACAUACAAGAUGAUUUCACUCGCAUCUAAGCCUCCUCUAUUUGGUGAGUUUAACCUUUCGUUGCCUAUGAUCUGACUGUUAAUUCUCUCCUCUGGUUGCUGCACAUUUCUUUUUAAAUCAGUUACGAGAAUUUGGUGUUAGAUCAAGUCAACAACUACUACCACAGCGAUAAGUGUCUCUCCUCAUACUUACCAGCUGAUUGCUAUUAUUUUCCCUCGCAAAAGAGGGUUGCUACAUCCCACUUAAUUAUCAUUCGUCUAAAGUUAGUUAAAUCCAUCUUUAUUUAUUACGCUGUACCUUUUAAUCGGUAAAAAUACAUGGCAUAGUGUUCCCACCUCCCCUUGGAAACCAGCGAUCGGGCCAUUUGAUUCAUCAGUACAUACCAAGGCGUCGAUUAAAGACAAUUCAGGCCACUUUCAUCCCCAAAUGAUAAACAUUCUCUUGCUAAAUGACAAAGUAAAGUUAUUUUUCUUUAUUUGAUUAUAGAAAUACCGGAUUUUCUUAGCGAAAGUGAAGCCAAUCACAUCAUAAGUUUAGCUGAGAAGGUCGGUCUCCGAGGAAGCGACCUUCACCUCGACGAGGAACUCGAGAAAAACAAAGAAUUUGUAAGAGGUAUGCUAGUUAACAAGGAGGUUUAGUAUCAAGGGUGGUCCUUAGAAGGUUCAGUUUAUAAAUUCAUAUCAAAGAUAAGAGCUAUAUUGCGGUGAUUUAAAUAUCUUUCGUUUUUGCGUCUAAAAUUGGGGGUGUGGUGCAGUGAUCUAAACACAGAGGAGAAGGCUCGAAAAUAGGGGUUAUUGAGGAAGAGAACCAUCAAAGAGGAACCGAAAUAUAACAGAACGAAAAAAUGAUCGAUGAUUAAGACUGAGACGGAUCACUGAAGUAAACCCUGCAAAAACUGAGGCUGAAUAUUCCCUUUACUUUGUUUACUGCCUCAUUGGGUGCUUCUGCGCUUUUCCUAAGUAAUCCCUCUAAUUUUCAAUUCAUUUUUUUUUUCAAUCUAUCUCUUUAUCUAUUGACAUAUCUUUUUCGCAAUUAUAACGAUUUAAAAAUAACAUAAACUUCGCUCUAAAUCCACAAGCCUUGACGUAGUUCGUUCAAAUUAGUUCUGUAUCUUGGCCCAGCAAGUUCCAGGAAACUCCAAACUCUGAAGAGCUGUUAUUCAGAGAGACAAAUUGUUAAUUUAACCUUCAUUUUUUCUCUAGGAAAUGCAAGUGGUUCUCUGGGAAUGUUCUUAAACUGGGACAAAAAUGAAGACGGACUCAUCACAAGGGAUGAGGCAAAGAUGACGAUUAAGUUAUUAAUUUUAGCAUCAAUUAAAAAUCGAAUUUGCAUUGGUCAUGCCUUACUUGGCUCUGUGAUUGGCUAGGAGAACUCAGGCCACACUCUCAAUCUAUUUGUUUUAAUUCUCAUUGACUCCAUGUGAUAUCUUCCUUAGUUUUAAUUUGUCGUUGUGAAUAUUUUGGUUUCAUUGUUACGAUACUUCCUCGAAAAAUGGUCUAUCGUCCUCUUUUGGUAUUACACAACAAUGUGUUACUUUUAUCUUUCCUUUAGAUAAUUGAUUUUGCUGCAGACUUCAAAUACCUUUAUCUGAGUCCAACAGAAGUAGAUGACAUGUAAGGAUGAUGAUCGUUUCUUUAUAUAUCACUUGAUGUUUUCUUCUUCGUGAUCUUAACUCGAACGCACAGAUCCUGCAUUAACUCCAACUUUUCUCUUCAUUUUAGGAUAAGCAAGCUAAACAUUUGGGAGUUUGAUGAUGGUAAGUAGCACAAUGAACCAUUUUCCCGCAAGAAAAUUUAAUAGUUUCUCUCCUUUGUUUUAAGCAGUUUCUGCUUGAGGACCAAACUGAUAGUCCUGUUUUGCAAUGGCUUCGCAUCACUUCUCUACGUGUUCAGCAUAUAUAACCCGGGCAACCAUCUCAGCCAAUCAGAUGCAAAUUAAAGCUAACACCCUUCAAAUACUUCACUUUCAGAAGCUUGCUUGUUUUUUCUUUUGAAUUGUGCGCUGAUAAACUCGAAACUUCAACAUCGACCCGUUCGUGCACGGGACGGGCUGGGAAAUUUGAACCGCUAGGGUCAGUUCUUUCCAGCGGUGUUUAAAAACUUUUUACUUUAAAGGUGUUUAAAGUAAAUAGUUUACUCUCGCAGGCAAAUGGCUCAGAAGAAAAGGUCUACAACGUUUAGGUUUUUAAAGCUUGGUCAAUGUGCAGAAAGUUACGGUCGCUGAUUUUGCCUUAAAAAAAAAUGUGAGUGAUUUUUGUCCCGGGGGCGGGAAUUUGCACAAACCAAUCUUCAAAAUUCAAAGUUCAAAUGCCCUGGAGUUGCCCCCGGAGGGGGGGGAUGUUGAAGUUUCAAAUUGAUCGACGCAGUAUCACUGGUGCCUUUUGAUACUUUCCUUUGUUUGACCGAUUGUUGUGGUUACUAGGUUUAGUCAUCACGUCAAUUGAUAGAAAUCCGCCUUUGACUUUUUUAUCAAUACAUUAUAGAUCAAGUAACCCCAGUAGAAUUUACCACGCUGCCAACUGCCGCCAUGGACGGAUACAUGAACAAAAUCAAAGAAAAGCAUCCGGCUCACAGGGAUAGGUUUAGUAACCAGGCCUGGUUAAUUCAAGGCAAGCGAGCUGACUCCUUGUUACAAACAUUACGAAAGAGGUAAGCCGGGAGACUGGAUCCAAAGUCGAUCUGGCAGACUCGAUGGUGUUAACUGUCAGCCGUAAAACGACCAAAACUUUAGCGUAAAAAUCGACUAAUGCUAUCCGUUAGUCGUGAAAAAUGUUAACCGUAAAAAAGAAUUUCUGAUGACAACAAUAGAAAGAUAUUGACUUUUGGCCGAAAAUUGGCCAAAAUUUUAACCGUUAGCUUAGCCUUAAAAGCCAUCACCUCGCUAAGAUCCUCUUACACCUCAGCUUUAAUUGAGAGAUGUGUACACUGAAAUUCCGUCUUUCUUGAAAAGUCUUUUUUUGUUUUCACAGGCUCUCUAAGCUUUUAAGGCUUUCCGAUCAAAUCAUACGAGGAGGCGAACCUUUACAGGUUUGUGUUGCAGCCACAACAACUGCACCAUUCAUAAGCAACUUUGAUAAAAAAAAUAAUAAAUUGGAUUGUUUCGCAUGACAAAGAGAGUAAUCCACCUCAUCCUUCGGUUUAGACGAAUAAUACACGCCCCGGCCUUGAUAAUCCUCAUUAACAUCCUUAACCUCAUUCUAAAUUUGUUGAUCAAGGUCGUAGACUCGAUAUAAUUGAUAAACCAAAACCAGAAGUGAUGGGCUCCUGCCAAAACCAGUUCGUGGGAAAGGUCAUCUAGAAAAAGCUACUCGUGGAGUAUGGAAGAUGAACUGUAAAAGUUAACUGUUAUGGGCUCCUGACAGGGCAAUUAAUCCUGAAGCUUUUUUCUGGUUUUGCUAUCUUAGUGUUUAACUCAAGAAAGCUCACAACCUCCUCCCCACCCCUCCCCACUUUAACCAGGCAGAUCCGAUACACUAUCACUAUUCAUUAAGGCAGACAAUAACAUUUUUGAUAUUUGUAAAUUCCUCUCCCUUGUCUGAUUGCGACAUAAAAAGUUUUUGUUGUUAUACUGAGUUCUUGUAGCCUCUGGACUUGCAAUGUCUAGCUCCAAAACAAACAGUUACACGUGGCUGUUUAUAUAAAAAAAGAUUACUUAGUCGAUGCCUUCACAUAGAGCUCUCUUUCCGUGCUUUGAAUAAUUUUUUUUUUUCUGACAGUUGUUCACUUUAUUUUAUCAGGUGGUUAAAUAUACAAAAGAUGGACAUUAUAACGCACACUACGACAGCCAACCCGUGAUGAACCAAUCACACGUGAAAUGCUGUCAUCUGGAACUUUCUUUGCUCCCACAUUGUAGAGUGUGCAGGUAAAAUCGGUAUUCAACACCAAAAGUAGUUGGUGAGGCGAUCUAUAGAACAGGAGCUGUUUUAUAGCUAUCUUUUAUGAAUGAGUAAAUGUCUUUCACGAGGUGGUAAAUUUUGAACUAGGCACUGAACAUAGAGAAAUGUUUUUCGUCUCGUCACGAGCGUGGGUCGAAGGAAAAAUGUGAGUCUCCGUGACGAAUCGAAUACCAGACCUUCGAUUUCCCCUGGAAUUCCGUGUUGCGAUGCCUCAUCACUUUCCUGCAUCGCAUGGGGAAAAGCCCUGAAUUAGAAAUUUCAAUUAAGUACAGCUUGGUAAUAACCUAGUCAAAGUGCACUUUGCGAAGCUGGCCUACUCGAAUAUUUUGUUGCAGAUAUGCUACGGUGUUGUAUUAUCUGAAUGACGUGGAUGAAGGAGGAGAAACUGCAUUUCCCGUGGUAGAUGAGAAAACUUUUGAUAGAAAGGUUCGCUACGCUAAGAACGCCUCAUAAUCAAACGAUUUAUAUUUCAGAACUGAGUCGAUCUGCGUAUUCAAAUUUCAUUCCAUGUGCAAAUGGGUCAAGACCGCAGGCCUCUAGCCACGAUAAGUUUUCAAUAACGGAGGAAUAGGAUAACGUAAGAGAUGAGAGGGGAGCGGGGGGAGGGAGGAAGGGAGGGGGGAGGAGGAGCGUCGUCUUCUGGGGUGAGGGGUGUGGUGGAGGGCUACAAACAAAAAAUGUUUUGGUAUCGAUUAGUUAGGUUGUAUGAAAGUACAAUGAACAGUGGAGGCAUCACAAAAAUUUCUUUAAAGUUCAAGAAAUGGUCCCUCCCAAGGUGACAAGAGAUGCGAGUCAUGAAACUCAAUCCAAUACUCUGUCAAACUUGAGGCAACUUUAUGAUUAAGGUUUUCUGAUGAUCAACGCCGUCAUUUGACGGAACAGUUUAAGUACCUCUCGGGCGACUCGUUAGGCCAGUAGACACCUUCAAAGCAUACAGGCUCUCCCACUCGGCAGAUGUUUGCCCUUUGAAGAAGAGAUAUGAGAAGAGAUGUACUCACUAAUUCACGCGGAACUACUUACCUUAUCUCAUCUCCACAGACUUACCUCGACACCAUGAAAGUAGACAAGUUCAAUUUGAUGCAAUACUGUCACGAUGGUAACGUUGUUGUAACACCAAAACGAGGCAAGGCGGUCAUGUGGUACAAUCAUUUUGUGGAUGAAGAAACAGGAUGGAUGGGAGAGAUGGAUGAGUACUCGCUUCACGGCGGCUGUGGGCUGUGGUCCGGGGUCAAGUGGAUCGCUAACAACUGGAUCACGUCCGCUGACGCUCAGUGGGCUCAUUAUAAAAGUGAUCAUGAUAUCGACGAUAGAUAA